CCCCAAAAAAACCCCCAAACAAAGAAAAAAAUUAAACAAAAACCCUUUGAAAAAAAAUGCAGUCGCUUCAGCAAAAGGCGUCAGAAUGGAGCGGCGUCGCCGCCAGCGACGCCUUCGCCAUCGACGAAACCAAUCUCUUCGAAACCCUAGGCGGCCCUCAGCCCUUCAUCGAUCUCUCCACCAAUUUCUACACCAGGGUUUAUGAUGACGAGGAGGUGUGGUUUCGAUCGAUCUUUGCGAAUUCAAAGAAGGAGGAUGCGAUUCAGAACCAGUACGAGUUUUUCAUUCAGAGGAUGGGAGGGCCGCCGCUGUAUUCAGGGAGGAAAGGCCAUCCAGCACUGAUUGGACGUCAUCGUCCAUUCCCGGUCACACAUCAAGCAGCAGAGAGGUGGUUACACCACAUGCAACAGGCAUUAGAUACCACACCUAGCAUUGAUCCAAAUUCUAAAACCAAAAUGAUGAAUUUCUUCAGGCACACUGCAUUCUUUCUUGUAGCUGGAAAUGAGAUGACAAGGCAAGCACAAGGACUCUCCGGAAACAAACAAGCUGCCGUGGUGUUGACAACUCACCACAAAGUUGAGGGGAAUUCGUGAAAUGUAACCGUAUACCUUUGUGUUGGUCUUCACAUGGAGGCCUUGGAGCUCUCAGAAUGAUGGUGUCAGUCUCACUAUUGGCGAAGUGUAAACUGCUUUUAACCUUAUUAUAGCCUACCUUUGUGCGUUGCAUUUAUUUUAGUGCAAUGAAUGAAAAGAUGGUGCUAGAUCAGAAACUGUAGCAUUAUUCUAAGAUUAACCCUUCAGAAUAUGUAGUAGAUUUGUCCAUUAGCUUAGGGAUCAUUGGGUGGGAGUGUUGGAAUGCUUCACGAUUCAUGUUUAAUGAUUAAUAAAUAUUACACUGAUAGGCUCUACAAGACAAUCAUACCUAUGGGCA